UUGACUAUGUUACUAUAGGUAUAAUUGUAAACAGUUUAUAGCUUUUUGAGAGCGAAAUCCUAGUGAAAUAAGUAGAUUAUCAAUGUUAUUUCAGUAUUUAUUUCUAUUCUAAGUUAACGUAGUACUAAAUCAUGGAUAUAUCAAGUGAAUCUUCAAAUUCUUUGUUAUGCUGCCGAGCCUGCCUGUCGACCGAACGCAGGCUGUUCAAUAUCCAUGAAUGCAAGCUUACAGACGCCUUUUAUCACAUCUCCGGAGCCCUUGUGUACCAGGACUACCUCCCGCAGCACCUGUGCUCGUUCUGCCGCGCCACGCUGAUCAAAUGCACUUCCUUCAGAGAGAUGUGUCUCCGCACACAGCAGACGCUGUUACCAGAGCUGUACAGGGGAGGGUUAAAUACGGAAUAUAUCCACAGUAUACCCUCCAACACCAUCUACAACUAUACUAUAACUCAUUUAGACCCUCAACAAUGCGUGGACACUCCACCUGAUGUAGAAAUCAAAGUCGAACCAAACAUAGACAUAGUUGACAUAGACAACAUCAUCAAGAAUGAUUUGAAAGAAGAAUUAGAAGAAGAAGCUAAUGAUGAUAAAGAUAUCGUUUUUGUUAAAGAUAUUGAAAGCAGAAAUAAAAAAAGAAAAGGAUCUAUAGGUAAAAAAUAUAAUGAAGAUGAUGAUGAUGGUUAUAAUGAUAUCAAUGAUGAUGACAGUGUAUUUAGUUUAGAAGAUAAAAAAGAUCUACAUAUAGAAUCUGAAGAUAUUAGUGACGAUGAUCUCAAUAGAAGAAAUGGUAAAUCUAAAGUGAAGAAAAAAGGUAAAAAAAGGAAAAAGGCAGUUGCAGUUAAAGAUAAUAAAAAAAUGAAAAUUAUACGCAAACCGAAAGAGGGUGCCAAGAAGACAGGUGCGAAAUAUCCUAGAGAUCCCACUAAUGAUAUGCCGCUGUUCGAUUUUGAUAAGUUUGAAAAAGCACACGCCGUACAAAUUGUUACUUUAACCAAGGAGGAGCAACUGGAAGAGAUCGCCGCGCGCAAGAAGUCCCGCAACUACCUGGAGUCCCGUUACCGGUGCGACGACUGCGGGAAAGGCUAUGACGCUGAGGCGGCGUACACCAACCACCUGCUGCGACAUACCACGAGUAUGGGCCAACACCCCUGUGAGAUCUGCUCCGUGCGCUUCAAGCUGAAGUGCCGGCGCCAGCAGCACCAGGACCUGCACCGGCUCAAGUUCCUCUGCAAGGAAUGCAGCUUCGUCUCCAGAACCAGGAGCCAAGCUAAGAGGCAUCACGCUAUGCAUGCGGGCAAGACAUACGAGUGCCAACACUGCGGAAAGACGUUCAAGAUGAGUUCAACGUACCUGACACACGUGCGCCGCGCUCACGCCGCGCUGAACGUGGCGUGCGACGUGUGUGGAGAGACCUUUGUCGGGGAGAAGGGACUCAAGCUUCACAAGAAGAGGACGCACUCUGAGAACAUGCCACUACGUGUCAAGUGCGGCGUCUGUUCAGCGAGCUUCGUGAGCGCGGAGGCGCUGAGCCGGCACGCGGCGGCCGGCGACCACGGAGCGCGCGCGUGCGAGCAGUGCGGGGAGAACUGUGCGAGCGAGACACAACUACAGGCACACGUGGCGGAGAUGCAUCCCGGGGAGCUCCGGCGGUGUGAAGAGUGCGGGCUGACGUUUGCCUCUGCGUCUGCGUUCGACGCGCAUCACCGGCGCAAGCACGCGCCGCGCUACAAGGACGCCCGCGUCACGCGCAAGCGUCACGCCUCCCGCCCGCCGCGCGGACAGUUCGUGUGCGAGCAGUGCGGCCGCAUACUGCCGAACGCGACGCUGCUCCGGUACCACCAGCGUACCCACCAGGACGUGAAGCCCUACGCUUGCUCCGAAUGCCCCAAAACCUUCGCCCUCAAAUCCUCCUUAAACUUCCACAUGCGAUCCCAUACUGGAGAGAGACCCUUCCAAUGUCCGCUGUGUCCGCUCGCCUUCACAGUCAAGGCCAACCUCAACCGCCACCACAGGACGGCGCACUUAAAGCUGCACCCACGAAUCCCGUGCUCGAUCUGCGGGCGCGUGUUCACGACCAACUCGUGUGUGCGGGUUCACAUCAACACGGUGCACCACGGACAGCCCGGGCCGAAGCGCGACCGCCGGAAACGGAAACCGGACGACCCCGAGACCGUCUCUACCCGCACUCAAUAAUUUAAAAAAAUACAAGUAAUAAUAUA